AUGAGGAACGACCAAAAAGAGGAGUGCAGGGCAACAGCCUCUAAGGUGCAGAGUAGAGUAUCAGGUGGUAGCCGACUAGUGGCAGUGUCUACGGUUCAGGGCAGGGUACUGGACGGAGGCCGACUAGUGGCAGUGUCUACGGUUCAGGGCAGGGUACUGGACGGAGGCCGACUAGUGGCAGUGUCUACGGUUCAGGGCAGGGUACUGGACGGAGGCCGACUAGUGGCAGUGUCUACGGUUCAGGGCAGGGUACUGGACGGAGGCCGACUAGUGGCAGUGUCUACGGUUCAGGGCAGGAUCAGCGCUCAGUCGCCCCAGCAGAGUCAGUCGCCCCCAGCAGAGUCAGUCGCCCCAGCAGAGUCAGUCGCCCCAGCAGAGUCAGUCGCCCCCAGCAGAGUCCGUCGCCCCCAGCAGAGUCAGUCGCCCCCAGCAGAGUCCGUCGCCCCCAGCAGAGUCAGUCGCCCCCAGCAGUCAGUCGCCCCCAGCAGAGUCAGUCACCCCCAGGAGAGUCAGUCGCCCCCAGCAGAGUCAGUCGCCCCAGCAGAGUCAGUCGCCCCCAGCAGAGUCAGUCGCCCCCAGCAGAGUCAGUCGCCCCCAGCAGAGUCAGUUGCCCCCAGCAGAGUCCGUCGCCCCCAGCAGAGUCAGUCGCCCCAGCAGAGUCAGUCGCCCCAGCAGAGUCAGUCGCCCCCAGCAGAGUCAGUCGCCCCCAGCAGAGUCAGUCGCCCCCAGCAGAGUCAGUCGCCCCCAGCAGAGUCAGUCGCCCCCAGCAGAGUCCGUCGCCCCCAGCAGAGUCAGUCGCCCCCAGCAGAGUCAGUCGCCCCCAGCAGAGUCAGUCGCCCCCAGCAGAGUCAGUCGCCCCCAGCAGAGUCAGUCGCCCCCAGCAGACCUCUCCACGGGGGAGGAGCCUUGAACCAAGAGGCUCCAAGACUCCCUCCUCGGCCUUCACCCUGCCCCCUCCUCACCCACCUCCUCACUCCCCUCCUCGGCCCACCUCCUCGGCCCCCUCCUCGGCCCACUUCCUCGCCCCCCUCCUCGGCCCACUUCCUCGGCCCACCUCCUCACCCCUCUACUCGGCCCACUUCCUCGGCCCACCUCCUCACCCCUCUACUCGGCCCACCUCCUCGGCCCACCUCCUCGGCCCACCUCCUCUGCACACCUCCUCGGUCCCCUCCUCGGCCCAACUCCUCGGCCCCUUCCUCGGCCCACCUCCUCGACCCCCUCCUCGGCCCCCUCCUCUGCCCACUUCCUCUGCCCAUCUCCUCACCCCCCUCCUCGGCCCCCUCCUCGGCCCCCUCCUCUGCCCACUUCCUCUGCCCAUCUCCUCGGCCCCCUCCUCGGCCCCCUCCACGGCCCCCUCCUCGGCCCCCUCCUCGGCCCACCUCCUCAGCCCACCUCCUCGGCCCCCUCCUCGGCCCACCUCCUCAGCCCACCUCCUCGGCCCCCUCCUCUGCCCAUCUCCUCACCCCCCUCCUCGGCCCACCUCCUCUGCCCAUCUCCUCACCCCCCUCCUCGGCCCCCUCCUCGGCCCACCUCCUCGGCCCACCUCCUCUGCCCAUCUCCUCACCCCCCUCCUCGGCCCACCUCCUCGGCCCCCUCCUCGGCCCACCUCCUCGGCCCACCUCCUCGGCCCCCUCCUCUGCCCAUCUCCUCACCCCCCUCCUCGGCCCACCUCCUCUGCCCAUCUCCUCACCCCCCUCCUCGCCCCCCUCCUCGGCCCACCUCCUCGGCCCACCUCCUCGGCCCCCUCCUCGGCCCCCUCCUCGGCCCACCUCCUCGGCCCCCUCCUCGGCCCCCUCCUCGGCCCACCUCAUCACCCACCUCAUCACCCAACUCCUCGGCCCACCUCCUCGGCCCACCUCCUCGGCCCACCUCCUCGUCCCCCUCCUCGGCCCACCUCAUCACCCACCUCAUCACCCACCUCCUCGGCCCACCUCAUCACCCACCUCCUCGGCCCACCUCCUCGGCCCACCUCCUCGGCCCCCUCCUCGGCCCACCUCCUCGGCCCCCUCCUCGGCCCCCUCCUCGGCCCACCUCCUCGGCCCCCUCCUCGGCCCACCUCCUCGGCCCCCUCCUCGGCCCACCUCCUCGGCCCACCUCCUUGGCCCCCUCCUCUGCCCAUCUCCUCACCCCGCUCCUCGGCCCACCUCCUCUGCCCAUCUCCUCACCCCCCUCCUCGGCCCACCUCAUCACCCACCUCAUCACCCACCUCCUCGGCCCACCUCCUCGUCCCCCUCCUCGGCCCACCUCCUCGUCCGCCUUUAA